AAGUUGAGAUAAGAAGACACUACUCAGUGACUAGUGAGAGUGAGAAGAUGUACUUAAGGGUGGUUUCACGGAGAAUGUCGUCUCAGGCCAAAUACUUGAUUGAUGAUCCCAAGUAUGGUUUUUUGAAAGAGCUCGGGUUGGAUAAAGUGAACCUUGGAGUUUAUAAUGGCCGUUGGAAAGCUAACGGGAAGGUGGUUGAGUCAGUCUGUCCGGCCAAUGGUCAAGUCAUAGCAGCCGUGCAGGAAGGCAACCUAACAGACUAUGAAGACACAGUUAAGGCUUGUCAGGGGUCGUGGCAACAGUGGGUCGAACUGCCGGCUCCUAAGCGAGGCGAGAUUGUAAGACAGAUUGGAGACGCGCUGAGGGAAAAACUUGUACCACUCGGAAAACUUGUGUCUUUGGAGAUGGGAAAGAUCCUUCCGGAAGGUAUCGGGGAGGUGCAGGAGUACGUAGACAUCUGUGAUUAUGCGGUCGGACUGUCCCGAAUGUUCAGUGGGUCUAUCAUCCCAUCGGAGCGACCCGGACAUGUUCUACUGGAGCAGUGGAACCCUCUGGGAGUGGUCGGAGUCAUCAGUGCAUUCAACUUCCCUAUAGCGGUCUACGGCUGGAACAGCGCUAUCGCUAUGGUUUGUGGUGACACCGUGUUGUGGAAAGGAGCGCCCACCACUCCCCUAGUAUCCGUGGCUACUACCAAGGUAGUAUCCGAGGUAUUGGAAAAGAACCAUAUCCCAGGAGCUGUGUGCUCAUUGGUGUGUGGAGGAUCUGAUAUUGGAGAAGCGAUGGCCACGGAUACCAGACUACCAUUGUUGUCGUUCACUGGCAGUACUGCCGUUGGACAGAAGGUAGGAGUGAAGGUACAAGAGAGGUUUGGUAAGCCACUGCUAGAGCUGGGAGGUAACAACGCCAUCAUUGUAGCAGAGGACGCCAACCUAGACAUGGUAGCUCAGUCUGUAGUGUUUGCUUGUUGUGGGACUGCUGGUCAGAGAUGUACUACUACCAGAAGACUCAUAAUGCACCACAAGGUGUAUGAUGCUAUAUUGCCAAGACUUAUCAAGGCUUAUGAGAAAGUAUUGACGAGAAUCGGAGACCCGCUAGACGAGAACACUCUCUACGGACCAUUACAUUCCGAGGACUCUGUGAAGAGGUAUCGGGAGACUGUUGACAAUGCUGUGAAGGCUGGCGGAAAAGUCGAGUUUGGUGGAAAGGUGUUGGAUCGACCAGGGUACUUUGUAGAGCCGACCAUCAUCAGUGGAUUGCCUCACGACGCUGAUGUUGUUCAUACAGAGACAUUCGCUCCCAUCGUGUACGUCCUGCGAGCUUCUAGCGUAGAGGAGGCCAUCGCUUGGAACAACGAGGUUAAGCAGGGUCUAUCCUCUAGCAUCUUCACACAAGAUAUCGGCAAUCUGUUCAAGUGGAUCGGGCCUAAAGGCUCGGACUGUGGCAUCGUCAAUGUGAACAUCCCCACAAGCGGGGCAGAGAUAGGUGGGGCCUUCGGGGGUGAGAAGCACACAGGCGGGGGUAGGGAGAGCGGUUCAGACUCCUGGAAACAGUACAUGAGGAGAUCCACCAUCACCAUCAACCAUGGAAAAACACUGCCUCUCGCUCAGGGCAUCAAGUUUGAGUGAACUGAACUUUUUAUGUUUUAUAAGUAUUAAAUAAGUUUUUUUACAGAUGA